AUGAGCAUCUCUGGCGCAAGCAUCGUUCCAGCCAGUGUAUUAGAAUUUUAUAGCAUUAAAAUAGCACCAUUAAACAAUAUGUUUGUUUUAGAACGGUCACUAAAACACAAAUAUACAAAGAUAAAAUACUUCGAUGAUCCGACAGUGGAAUCAUACCAGAUGCUCGACAAGGUACUCGAAUUCAACGAAGCUGCAGCAGCAGCUGCAAUGACGUCCUCAGCAGCUGUUAUGACGUCAUCAGCAGCUGUCAUGACGUCAUCAUCUUCCGGUAUGACCUCAUCAACGGCUAUGUCGUCAUCGUCAGCUGCUACAGCAACUGCAAUGACGACGUUCUGGUCAAAAGAUUUUGUGGAGAACUUUGCGCAUAACUUGUCGCAAGUUCCUAAGGUGAACAUAUAUCUGUUAGAGAAACUUGAUGUUCUGUUGAAAAGAUGCGACGAUGUCGAAGUGAGGUCUCACAUAUUUCCACUGGUCUUUAACUCCUUGGCUUCUAAUAAUAUUCUAUGUCAAGAAGCAGCCCUGAACACCUAUCCAGCUAUGGAAAGCUAUCUGGACGACAGCAUCAUUCGGCGUUCCAUACUUCCGAAAGCAAAAAAUCUUUUCCUGAAGGCUACGAGUAUGGUCAUUUUAGACGAAGUUCUGCCCUUCCUAAUCGAAAUCCAAUGCUCCGAUGUAGAUAUCGCAAUGUCUAUUGUAGACAUAAAAGCAUACACACAUGUUCACCUCUACACCGCGCCAGCUAUCUACAAACACCUGUUAAGUGACCGGAAGUUUGGACUGACCCACAACCUCCUGGCCACAAAGGUCAUGCCCUCUCUCGUCCCCCUCACCGUUUAUCCAGGUCUCUCCAUCUACCAAUUCAACAGUUUAAUGACCUUAUUACACGACAUGUUGGCACAAAUUGAACAAGAACGCAUCAACAAAAUGAUCAAUGAGCUACCACCACCACAACAAUACAACGAUACGCAAAGAGAGCCCGGUGCUAACAUCAAAAACAACAUCAACAACAACAACAACACAGCAACAACAAAUCAAAAUGCUUCUCUUCUCAAUCAGUCAUUUCUACACGUGGAUUUUAACGCUUACAGGCCUCCUAGCACUCCGGAGUUUACAAUCCAGAGCGCAUCGGAGAGCAGGGACCACCUUGACAAUCCGGGUUACAAGAGACACGCCAGCUUUCAGAGUCUCGGAGUUAGACGACUUAGUCAGAUGAGUGGUCAGUCGGAUAUUCGAGCGAAUGCUUUCUCCCAGCACAACCCUCACAUUCACAUCUCCCAGGCUUCUAUGACGGCCAGCCUGAAGGAUAACGUUGCCAGUUUGUUCUCAUCAUCCAAACAUAGAGACAGCAUUGAGGUCAAGUUUUCAAGGCAUCUGCGAAUCAGCGAUGCAAUACUUCGGAGUAAAAUAACUGAUGAUGACGAUGAAGAAGAAGAAGAUGACGAAGAUGAAGAUGGCGAAGAGAUAUUGAAAAAUGGAAAAUGA